ACAUGCAGAUCGCGAACGGGCUACAAAAGGGUGAUUGUUCAUUGGAUUUCCGAAGUGUUGUAUCGAGAAAAUAGUCAUCUUCCUUCUCCCUGGCCAAACGAAGCCAGUUUCUUUAGUCUGCCGGAAAAUUUGAGACAGGAUACCAAGAUGAGCGGUCGAAGAGCUUUGCAUUUCGUGUUCAAAGUGGCAGAUCGUACGGCUACAGCCAAGUUCUACCGAGAAAUCUUGGGAAUGAAGUUCCUCAGACAUGAAGAAUUUGAAGAAGGCUGCGCAGCAACAUGCAACGGGCCCUACGAUGGCAAAUGGAGCAAGUCUAUGGUUGGUUAUGGUCCAGAAGACAACCAUUUUGUGACUGAGCUCACAUACAACUAUGGGGUGAAGAGCUAUGAUCUGGGAAAUGACUUCUUGGGUAUCACAAUCCAAUGCAGCAAUGCCGUUGCCAACGCUAAGAAAGCUCAGUGGCCUUUGACCAUUGAGUCUGAGGGUGUUUGGUCAGUGCAGGCACCAGGAGGUUAUAGGUUCUACUUGGUGGACAAACCAAGACCUGCAGGAGAUCCUGUUCAAAAAGUUGCCAUUGGUGUGUCAAAUCUACAGAAAUCAGUGGAUUACUGGACCAGUAAAUGUGGUAUGACUCUGUAUGAGCAAACUGAAAAGAGUGCCCUCCUGGGUUUCGGAGAGGGACAGUGUAGGUUGGAGCUUCUGGAUCAGGGUGAACCUAUUGAACACAAGACGGCAUUUGGAAGGGUGGCAUUCUCUUGCCCUCGAGAGCAGUUACCAGGAAUAGAAGCAGCUAGUAAGGAUGCGGGUGAAACCAUCAUCACACCUCUGAUCAGUCUGGAUACACCUGGCAAGGCUACGGUUGAAGUAGUCAUUCUUGGCGAUCCUGAUGGUCAUGAAAUCUGUUUUGUUGGCGACGAAGCCUUCAGAGAAUUAUCUCAAGUUGACCCCAAGGCUGAUGGCUUGUUAGAUGAGGGUGUUGCUGCUGACAAGAGUGACGAGUGGUUUGCCAAGAAAAAAGCUAAGCAAGGUAUCCAGUGGACACCUGGAUCAUAGAAGUGCUCUAUCAUCUUGUACGAAUACCGUAGCUCUAUAUAUCAUUCAAAGUGGCAAGAGAAUUGCAGAGAAACAACCCAGACUAGGUAAAUAGCGGAUGCCAGAAUUAUACUACUUAUUGCCAAUUCAAUUAAAUUGGCAACAAAAUUUUGUUUUGAAAAAAAGAAAA